AUGGAUACCACUCCGUUGAAGAAACCCCAGGUUUCCAGAGCCUGCGAUCCAUGUAGGAGACGCAAAGUCCGCUGCAAUGGCCAACACCGGUGUCAGCAAUGUGAGCAUCUGGACUUGCUCUGUACGUAUAGCGACAAUCAACGCGCGCGAUCGCGAAAGAAUGCUCUCCGUCGAGGGACCGUCAUUUCCGAAUACAAGAUUCCCCUGACGCAGGACCUCAAGAGUGAACAUAUUUCGACAUCUUUGCUAGUCCCAGCCGCGUCUUCUCCGGACUUGUCGGUGGCGCUCUCGACCGCCUACCUGCAUAGUCUCAUCCCAAAAUACAUGGCCUAUGUGUAUCCUUUCAAUCCGAUCAUGACGGACAAGGAGAUCCGCGAGUCCAUUCGCAAGAUGGCCACAGACAGAGACCAUGCUGCCUUUGUCUACGCCUUUACCGGUGUCACAAUCGACCUGACACAGUCGAAUGCAGCGACGUCCCAUGUGUCGGAGCAGAUCAACGAGCUCGCCGGCCGAGCUAUCGAGCUCCGGAGUCCGUUGCUCCCGGGUUUCCGACCGUCUAUCCUCCGGGCUGUCACGAGCGUGUACAUCCAGAUGUGCUACAUGAGCCUGGGACAGUAUGACCUGGGUUUCUUCUACCUGCGAGAAGCGAUCAGCAUGGUGCAUCUCCUACGGAUCGAGGACAAAGCCGUCAUGGCCAGUCUUGACCUUAGCGAACGCUCCCGGCGACAGAGACUUUACUGGUUGUGCUUCAUCCAUGAACGAUUCAUGUCCAUCUUCCAUUUUUCUCCCGCGACGUUGUCUCCAUACGCGCAGUUUCCCGAGGACGAUCCCAGCCUCGAUCCAGGUGUUUCCCAAGGCUGGACCCAGGUGAUCAAAACAUUCCUUCUGCUGGAGCCGACCUUUAUCAGCCUCUGGAUCGGGGAUCGGAGCCAGGUGACAGUUGCAUGGGUCGAGCAGAAACAUCGGGAGCUCGACGACGAGCUAUGGGAGCUCGAGGUCUCGAUGCUGUCGGAUCUGCAGCAGGCGGAUCUGGUCGUGACGCGGCAGUGGAUGCGCACUCUGCUCUGGCAGAUGGCCAUGUCAAACUGCCUGUUGUCAUCUCAUGCUUCCUGUCCAUCGCUGUCGCUCGAGAUGCCGCUGCGAUUAUCCAGCCAGCUGCGCCAGUUUCUCACUAAGAUCUCUCAAAACACGAUUCAGAUCCACGGAUCGUCGAUCUUGAGCAAGCUGUUGGAGAUCAUCAAUACGAUCGCGGAUGUGGUUAUCCAUGGGCCGCAGGUGACGCUCGAGGAAACUACCAGUCGCAUUGACGAUAUUUUGUUUCUGAAGGACGUCAUCUUCUCCUUCCGGAAUCUGCAGCAGGUCUCCAAGAAGAUUCUGAUUGAAAAAUUGCAUCUGAUCCGUGAGCAGUUUGCGCAUAUCGAAGUGGCGUCCCAGCUGAAUGCCAUGGAACCAACGGGUCACUACAUCUACGUAACUCCAACCACAACGUCCUUCAACACUCUUCACAACAUCACUCAUAUCAACAUGGCCAUCUCACCCUCUCCAGACAGCUCUAUUGCUCAGAAUAAUACCACAGCAAAUCCCCCUUCCAUCGCCGAUCUCCAAAACAGCAUCACAUUCCCCACACUCUGGUACCGAUUGCACGUUCUUUUGUACGACCUGCAGCAUUUCAACCAGCGGCCAGACUCCCGCGAGCGUCUCGAGACCGUGACCGAUCUAUCCUACAUCGGGUCACCAUACUUCAAUGAAGACGAAACUCUCGCCAUCAAGAACACCGUCGUUCAUGGCAAGACAAUUGCACAAAUCAUCGAGCAAGAGCUCCAGGACCGGCUCGAACGACGCAUCAAGAAGCGAGUCGACAGCGGAGACUUUCGAGUGUGCGCUGCUCAUGAUCUUGCCCCUAUUCUGGCCGCUACGCUCGGUUCGAAUCUGAAGCAACUAGAUAAGGACAAGCGCUUCCUUUUGCUGAUCAACUCUCGGGGACUGGACCUUGGCGAAGAUAAAUGGGAAGGAUUGGCAGCAAAGUCAUUUGCGCCGAAGAACAAGAGGAAAAAAUGA